AUGGCAGUUCGCGUGGCCUUGCUGGAUGCUGAAAGAGCCCACAACGUUGCCAUCUGGGCUGCAGUGCAUGGCCUGCUCCCCAUAGAGAAGAGAUCCGACCCGCCAAUACUGCGCACUACCGUCUGGGGCAAGCACUUCUCAAAUCCAAUUGGUCUUGCAGCCGGCUUUGACAAGGAUGCCCAAGCUUUGGAGGGUCUCCUGGGCCUUGGCUUUGGCUUUGUUGAGAUUGGGUCUGUCACACCUCUGCCGCAGCCUGGCAACGACCAGCCGAGAGCUUUCAGGAUACCAGAGCUCAAGGCUGUGAUCAACCGCUACGGCUUCAACAGCCAGGGGUUGGAUGUGGUGCGGGCAAACCUGAUCGCCUACAGGAGGAGCCAGCUGCACCGGCCGGCAAAUCAGCCAGGCCCCGGGCCCGGCCUGGUAGGUGUGAAUCUGGGCAAGAACAAGCUGAGUGAGGAUGCCGCUGCAGACUACUGCCUGGGUGUCUCCAAGCUGGCGCCCUAUGCUGACUACCUGGUCAUCAACGUCUCCUCGCCCAACACCCCUGGGCUGAGGGCGUUGCAGAGCAGGAAGGAGCUGGAGAAGCUGGUGAGGAAGGUGAAGGCCACGCGCGACGGCAUGUCUUGGGGAGCCGCCGGCCCGCCGCCGCUGCUGGUCAAAAUCGCGCCCGACAUCACCGACGCUGAUAAGUCCGACAUCGCCGCGGUUGCCCUCAAGCUUGGCAUCGACGGCCUCAUUGUCAGCAACACCACCAUCUGCAGGCCGCCUGCUGUGGCAGAGCACCCCGAGGGCAAGGAGGCUGGAGGGCUAAGUGGCGCGCCGCUGAGGUUCAUGUCCACGGAGGUGCUGAGGGACAUGUACCGCCUCACAAAGGGCAAGCUGCCCAUCAUUGGCGUGGGCGGCGUCAGUUCGGGCGCAGACGCAUAUGCCAAGAUCAGAGCAGGUGCCAGUCUGGUGGAGCUGUAUACUGGUCUGGUGUAUGAGGGGCCUAUACUGCUCAGACGUAUGAAGCUGGAGCUGACAGCCUUGCUGCAGCGCGAUGGGUUUGCGAGCGUGCAUGAUGCCAUUGGCGCUGAUCAUGCCAUUCCCAAGCGAUGAGUCUGUGUUGGCUUGAGCAAUUUGAUGUGACACCAUCACUAAAUUCCAAUGCUGCUGUCUGGGGAGUCCUUGACUCAAGCUCAUGCAGCAGAAUUUAACAGAUUCGGGUGCAUACCAGCAGUGCACCACUGGUAGGUUGUCAAUGAAGGAAUGAAUCGUAUGUGAACACCUGAAUAACCAUUAAGCCUAGAAGAACACACUAGCAACAACUUCCUGCAACGCAUAUGGUCAACUUGACGCAUAUC